AUGCCGUUCCCGCAGCCCGCCGCCGCCGCGGGGGUCCCCGCCGCGCGCCCGCCGCCCCGGAGGCCCUGCGCGCCGCCCGCGCCCUCGCCGCCCGCCGCCGCCGGGGACCCGAAGCGGAGGCCGCCCGAGAGGUCCGAGGCGCUGCUGUCCAGCUCCUGGCCCUCGGCCACCCCGAAGAGGCCACCGGCCCGGCGCGGCCCCGGCCCCCAGCAGCCGCCGGGCCCCGCGCGCGCUCCGCCCCAGGCCGCGCCCGGGCGCGCGGGGACCCCGGCCACGUGCGCCGCGCCCCGCCGGGCUGCCUGCGCUCCCAGCCGAGCCGGGGCCGCGGCCGCGGGGCCCGACGACGCCGUGCGCUUCUCGCUGAGCCUCACGCCCGAGGCCAUCCUGCUCAUCCAGAGGCGGCACCUGGAGAAGCAGCUGCUGGCGCGGCCCCGCAGGCCCGCCUUCCCCGCGCCCCCCGCAGAGCCCCGGCGCCCGCAGGGCCCCGGACCCCGGGCCCGGGCCGCCGGCCUGCGCAGAGGCGGCACCGCCUGCGCCCCGGAUGCGCCUCUGGCUCCGGGCCUUGCCCGCCGGCCGCCCCGCUCGCCGCUGCUGCCCGGAGGCCUGCAGGCCACCAUGCCAGGACCGCGGCCAGCCGACCUGCGCCCCGUGCUCAAGGUGUCGCUGCUCAACGACAGACACAAGUACGACGACGUGGAGUACGAGGAGGAGCCCGACGUGGUGGACGAGGGCCUCGUGCGCAAGUGCACCGAGUGGCUGCGCGGCGUGGAGUCCGCCUCCGCCACGCGGGACAGGACCGGGCACCUGGACUCGCUGCCGCACCUGAGCACCCUGUGAGCCGGCUGCACCCGAGGCCCGGCGUGGCCUCCCGCGCUCUUCGGUCCACCUGAGCCUUUGGGAACCAGCCAGGCCUGGGAGGGACGACUACCUGCUGGAUGCCGGCUCCAGGUGGGUACACGGGUGGUAGACCCACUCACCUGGGCACCGUGAGCCAAGCAGGCCAGCAUGAAGCAGAGCCUUGCCGGACUUCCAGGACUGGACCCUGUGUUUGCUAUCCCCAGCCAGCACACACCGGUGAUCUCGACCCACGUGUCACCCUCUGUGCCAUCUGGCCUCAGUGUCCUCGAGGCUCACUGGGGAGUCAGCAGCUAUGAGAAUGCCUUCCAGCCCCCCACCCACCCACCCAAGUUGUUCCCACAUUCCUCUAAUGGUGGGGGCGCUGCCAGCCUGCGACCUCGGCAAGGAUGGGUGGCCGCCUGUUGCAGAGCUGGGACAUGGUGCUACAUUUGUGAUUUUUGUUUUCUGGCAAGUCAAAUUGAUGUUGGAUGUGGGGAAACUUGUAAAGUGUUAGUUCACCUAACUUCCAACCCUGGAGCCCUGUGUCCUGGGAGGCAGCUGUAGGCGAACAUGAUUCUCGAGUCCCUGUGGAUUAUUACUCGGGCCUGCCAGGUGAGCAGUCAGGUGCACACGUGUACACAUGCACACACGCACACACACAGCCACACCCCUGCCUAAGCACAGACCCGUCAACAGUCACAUGCACACAUACACAGUCACUUGGGCAUACAUGGACAUAACAGUACCUGCCUACCCAUUCUGCAUACCUGUGCACUCGUCGUCACACACAUGUGCAGAAUCAUUUUCAAGAGCUGGAUGAGGUGGGAACAGGCCUGAGGGUUGGCCCUUGCUAAGAAUGAGAUGUUUAUUUGAGGGCUCAGCAGUGUCUCCUGAGCUAGGGAAGGAAAGUAGCAGCGUGGAGAGGGAAACUCGGGGUGCUGGGGCUGGGUGGGACAGAGUUGAGAGGGAAAAGCAGGAAGUCCGCGUGGGUACGGGGAGGUGUGCGCAUGUUUCAGUGUCUUUGAUCACUGUGAGGCGUAGUGGCGUGGGCGCUCUGUACGGCUGUAAACAGUCAUUUUUAAAAUUCUAUUUAUUAUUUCAGUGAAGGGUAAAAUCCUGUCUUUUGGUAGCCAUGCCCUUCCCACUAACUGGAAGCUGAUUUCUUAAUAUUUCUUCCAUACCUGAGUGGAUUUAACUAAGGAUGAGAAGGAAGUGAAAUGUUUCUAAUCAGAUAGGUUGGGUAUAAAAGAGUAAUGCAUUACCUCAAUUUUCUAAACUUAUUUUGUGAAAGUCAAUAACCAGUUUAAUGUUUAUCUUGUUAAACUUUAAUGUGCCAAGUCUUAAUUAUAGUUUAAAUUGAAGCCUUACAAUAUUUUAAUAUAUAUAUGUGUAUAUGUAUAUACAUAUACACAUAUAUAUAUUUCUUGUGGAGACCUUUGUGCUUUGUCUCUCUCCCUCUUGCACCCCCACCUCUCAAGCUCCUAGCACAGCUUUGUCAGAUGUUGAGGCCUUAUUCCAGAGGGGGCUAGAUCAGCCAUCAGACCUGUUGAAAACAAAAGGCCUGCUCACUGAUUCAUCUUUUCUGGUCCCAUUUUGAGAGCAGAGAAGUAGAUGUUCCUUGACUUAAAUGCUUAAUGCCAGCGAGGUGGAAUUAGCCGAGGUGGUGGAAGAGUCAGAGACAUCGGUCUGUGCGACGCUCCUCUCCCCUGAUGUGGGCCAGCUAGACACUGAGGGGCUUCUUCUCAAGGCAGGCGGGAUGGGGAAGAGGGGACUGCCUCAGCACUCCAGCUUGUUUUGAUAUGCACUUAUGCAAAUAUUGAUACUUAAGAUGCCUAGAUUUCUGCCCUUGGCUACGGUAACAUGACACUGAGAAGAGUUCCAGGUGCCUCUUUACCUGUCAUCCAGGUGUGCGGUCCUCCAGGUGUGCGUGCUGGUCUGUCCAUACCUACCUGCUGUUUGUAUUUCCUUUCUUCUGUGUCCCUCCAGGUUCCCCUCCCCAGCUUCCUUUCCUAACUGACCACGGUACAGACCUCAGUACAUUUCCCCUGUGCGUGUGUUAUGGGGGCUUGGGUGCUCAGUUCUCCAUUUUAGAGGUGGGGACGUGUUUGUGGUGCCCUUGUUAAUGCUCCCCGCAGUAAGAGACAGAAAGAUAUGUAUGUAAUGCGUGCAGUCUUUUUAUUGCUGUUGCUGACAUGUUAGGAACAUUUUCUAAGUCACUGUGCUACAAUUUCUUAAUGUUUAAAUAAAAGAGGAAUUGGA